AUGUCACAAACCUACGGCCUAACACCCGAAGAAAUCCAAGAGCUCUCGAAAAGAGCUGCGGCCGCAAAGGAUGUAUCAUACAGUCCAUACUCCAACUUCCGCGUCGGCUGCGCCCUCCUAUGCGAAGACGGGUCGUGGGUUAUUGGCGCCAAUAUUGAGAACGCAUCGUAUCCUGUGACAAUAUGUGCUGAGCGCACGGCGUUGGUUAAGGCUAUCACGGAGGGAAAGAAGCGGUUCCGCGCAAUUGGUUUGUCGGUGGAUGUUUCGCCGCCUGCGUCGCCCUGUGGAAUGUGCCGACAAUUCAUUCGGGAGUUUUCGGACGGCAGUGUGCCAAUUUUCAUGUACGGGAAGGAGGUAGGGGAGUGUGUUGUUAGGACUUUGGGAGAGCUGCUGCCCAUGUCGUUUGGUCCCGACGACCUUCCCGAUCGUGGCGCAAGGAGCCAAAUUCUUUCGGGAAGCUUACUCGUGAAUGAUAAUAUUGCGGGAUUGUGUCAUACAUGUGUACUAGAGGGGUUGGGUUAG